AUGGCGGAAGUUGAAAUGCCUCAGCCAGUUCCUGGCCCCGUCUCAGAUGAGAACGUAGCCCCUUCCUCAUAUGACGAGAUCAAAACCGUCUUCCACGAUGUCAACAACUUCAACGUCAAACACCCUCUUCUCAACACUUGGAGUCUAUGGUUUACCAAGCCUCCUUCAUCAAAGGGCGACAAUUGGAAUGAUCUGUUGAAGGAAGUGAUUUCUUUUGACUCAGUGGAAGAGUUCUGGGGAGUAUAUAACAAUAUCACCGCUUGCUCCGACCUUGGCCUGAAAUCCGAUUAUCAUCUAUUCAAGAAAGGCGUCCGUCCGGAAUGGGAAGACCCGCAGAACAAACACGGUGGAAAGUGGUCAUACUCAUUCAAAGACAAGAAAUUGAUCAACAUUGACGAGCUUUGGCUACACACACAGCUUGCUGCCAUUGGGGAGACGUUGGAAGACGAAGGUGAUCAAGAGAUCAUGGGUGUGGUUGUCAACGUGCGAAAGGGCUUCUUCAGAGUUGGUCUGUGGACUCGAACCACUGGCAAGGCGGGUGGUCGCGACAACUUGAUGAAGAUUGGACAACGAUUCAAGGAUGUGCUUCAACUUCCAGCCACGGAGCAACUCGAAUUCAGCGGUCACACGGAUGCGGCCCACGCAGGCAGCACGAGAGCCAAGGCCAAGUAUACGGUCUGA